CUCUCUCUCUUUCUCUUGUAAUGACGGAUAAUUCGAGCGUGUUUGGUCUUGGGCACCAGGCGAGGUGUUUAACAGCCGUAACACAUAGUACAGAACAAAGCAAAUUUCUUGCUGGUACUGUAGGUGCUAAAGACAACGUUGUAUGCUUAUUGGAAUAUGACGACGAUAACACAACUAUCAACUCUACUAUGUUUGCACAUCCUGAAGAAGUAUGGGAUAUUGUCUCUUGUCCUGCAGACGAAAAUUUAUUAUUCACAAGUCAUAGCCCAGUAUCAGGAAAUCCAUCAGAAAAAAAAGCAACAUUAUGGAGAAAACCAACAAAAGAAUCACUGACAGAAACCAACACUCUUUAUGAUCUUGAACCUGUUGUUACUUUGGAACAUAGUGGCAUUAAAAAAGUACUUGUAGAUCCAAAGGAAGAUGCUCAGAGAAUUGUGUCUAUUGACUCGAGCAAAAUCUACUUUGCUACUUUGGACUCUUCAUGUCAGACCUUGCUUGAAAUUGAUGCAUCGCCUGUGCUUGAUACAGACUCAGUCUCGUUACACAGGAUCCAAAAUGCUGUAUGGAACACACAUCAACCAGAACUGAUAGUAGUAGGCGGCCGAAACUUGUCAGGUUGGGAUCUGCGAUCAGGAAAGAAUAGCUUUAGUCGAUUUGAUGCCCACAAAAGUACAAUCCGUGCUGUAGAUUAUAACUCCAAUAAGCCAUACCAUGUUUCAACAGGCGGUGAUGACGCCCUUUUGCAUAUAUGGGAUACUCGAAGUCUUAAAGAGCCUUUAAAAACGAUUGAAGGUCACUCGCAUUGGGUAUGGUCUGUAGCAUUUAACCCUUUACAAGAUCAAUUACUAUUGAGUUCGAGUUCAGAUACACUUGUCAACCUUCACAACAUAGUGUCCAUUUCUUCUGCUUCCUAUUUAGAUGACUCAAGCGAAGACGAAUUAGACAGCCCAAGCACAACCAAACCUUCUGAUGGACUUGUCUGUACUUAUGAUCAGCAUGAAGAUAGUGUCUAUAAGAGUCGUCAUUAG